AUGUCACGCGUUGCAACUAAUAAUUCAAUACCACGUUACAGCGAUGGUGCUGGACAAUCAAAAACAUCUCUCACAAGUCGUCCGUCAAGUAGUAAAAAUAGUAUUGUCAAUAGUGGUGGAAGCAAUGGUGCUGUUGGCUAUGGUGUUACUGUGCGCAGUGCAGCGCCGCCACUUACGCAAAAAGAAACUGUACAUGCUUGUCCAAUAUGUAAUGGAGAAUACAAAGAUCCUCGAGUAUUGCCAUGUACACAUACAUAUUGUUUCAGUUGUAUUCGCGAUAAAUUGAUCAGUAAUAAUCGAGUUACAUGUCCGAAAUGCAACCAACAAGUUGAACAAUUUAACGAGAGCGAAUUAAACGAAUUACCACGUAAUCUUAUACUAAGUCAAGAAUGGCGCAUGAGUGUUCAACCUGCACCAGCUAUUCCCAUACCUAAGAAACCCGUUACAUAUCAACCAACUGUUUCAACACCCACUCAAAUGUCUCAACAACAAAGUGGACGUAAAUCUAGUAUAGCAGAGAGUAAUGGUCAUGAGUCAACAUCAAGUCGAAAAAAAUCACAUGGAAUUACUUCACUCGUUCAUGCAUUUAGUAGAUCAUCGGAAACUAAUGGAAAACAAAAUGGACGAACAAGUCGUUCGCCAAGUGUAUCGAGUGCACAAUCAGUUACAAAUUUAGUAAGAAUCUAUGCUGAGGCAACAGCUACACCACAACAGCAACAGCAACAGCAACAGCAGCAACAACAACAACAAAAACGAAGAAGUGAAAGUAUUGCAUCAACAGGAAGAAAUGAAAGUAUUGCAUCAACAGGAAGAAGUGAUGAAUUAACAAAAAUUUUUGAGCAAGCAACACAUCUUUCACAACAUCGAACAUCAUCGGCAUCGAUUAGUAAACGACCAUCACAUGCACAUGAAGAAGCCUAUGAAGAAAUGACAUGGGAUACUCUUGUACCUGGAAUUAUUCCAGCAGCUCCACCAUUGCCUGGUCAAUGGCAAAAAGCAACUGAAAAUCUUCAUCAUCCUCAAGAAGUAUCUAAACAACCUGCAUCAAUUGCUGAGUCUAAUCGAACUUCAGACGUAGGAAAUCUUCAUGAUAUAAUUACUGCUAUUAAUCAACAUUCACGUGAACGUACAUAUCCUUCAUUUCCACAAGAAACAAUUCUAACUUCACAAAUUCACAGCCGUCCUUCAACUGCAUCACGUUCACAAAAUGAUUUUGAUGAUGAUGAUGAUGACGAUAAUGAUAUUCAAAUACGUAAUUCAUCCUCGAUGUACGCUAUUAUUCCACCGCGACAGCAUAGCCAACAAGUUAGUCGUGCCGACAGUGUUCAGACUAAUACUAGUAGUUCAACAGCGAGACGUUCUAUAAUUGCACCAAUAAUAAAUACUUAUCAACCGCAAGCAAGUAUUGUAUCUACUCUACAACAACAACAACAACAACAACAACCACAAGUCGACAAAAUAUCUAAUCAUAGUAUUUCAAUGACGUCUCCAAUGGGGCAAUCUCCAGAACGAUUUCUACGACCAAAAAAUGAAAAAUAUGACUUUGGUGCAGGUGAUCCAAUGAUGAACAGAAGAUCUCCAUCAACUUUAUCAAUGCAAUCAAGUGCUUCAGAUGAACCUAAUGAACUAAUAUUGACCAAUCAAACUAACAUAUUAUCAAACGAACGUUUUCAACCUACUAUGGAUAUUUCACCUCGUGCUCCUACAAAUAAUUCAUUUCGUGUUCAUUCUCAAAUAAAUAAUGAUUUAUCAACUCCACUAAAUCGACUAUCAUCAAAACCUAUUCAACAAGAUACACAUUAUCUUGUUCCAACUCCAUCAGCAUCGAUAAGUCCUGCUAUACCAUCACGUGUUGAUCUAUUAUUAUCAGAUCAAAAACAUUUAGAACACGAGAUCGAAGAACAAAUUACACGCUUGAAAUACGAUUAUGAUGAUAUACGUAAGCAAAUCAAUCGGAAAGAAUCCUCAAUAGCUAGUGAAGUAAAAAGUAUAGCUGCGAAUCUUGAUCAGAACAUUACAGAACAUUAUCAACGGCAACAAAAAAUUUAUGCUGAUUUAGCCUCAAAUACGAACACAGUUGGAAAUGAAUUAAAACGUUUAAAAUCUCAGACAAAUACAGAUAAUAAUAAACAACAAUUAUGGGAUAAUCUUGAAAAAAUUGAAUCUCAUAUACGAAAUAUUCGUCAAGCUGUCGAACAACAAAAACAAUCAGGUAAUGCUUUAACAUUUUUUGAAGGGCAUCGAUCCAUAGCAGCUGAUACUAUUGGACAAGUAACUUAUCAUCAAAUUGAAUCACAUCAAAGUUUUAACUCACCACCACCAUUACCACCUGCUCCACCGUCAUUUUUAACUGAACAAUCAUCGACAAAUAUUGUACCAUAUAAAUAUGUUAAAAUUGAUCAUUUAUCAGCAUUAGAACCCGAAGCUAUUGCUAUAACAGAAAAUAAUAAAAAGAUUUUAUUAGGCAUAUGUAAUAAAUUAUUUAUACUCAAUGAUUAUGGUGAACUACUUAAAACAAUUCCGUUGACACCCAGUAUACGUGGUAUAACUAUAUCAAAAAAACAUCAAAAACAGAAUAUUGCUUAUAUUUCACAUGAUGAAACAGUCAGCAUGAUUGAUAUUGAUAAUGGACAAACAUUAGAUUGUGUUAAAGAAACAGAUUCAAGUGGUGAAUCGGGUACAUUUUUACCAUUAGGUAUUGAUACGGAUAAUAUACGGGGAGAUGUUUAUGUAUGUGAUUAUCGAAAUUCAUGUGUGAUUAGAUUCGAUGAUAAACUUGAAUUUAUUUCACAAUGGAGAAUUUAUAAUCACUCGGAUCAAUAUGAUGAAGCUCGACCAAAAUUGAUUUCUGUUUACGAACAAAGAUUAUAUAUUAUUAUUGAACAUUCAUGUAAACCUUUGUAUAAUCAAGGUAUUGCUUAUACAUUUUCACUUCAUAUAUGUGAUGCCAAUUCUGGUAGUAUAAUAAAAAUUAUUGACGCAGAUUUAUUGGGAACUCAACGUCUCCGUUGGCCAUGUUCUGUUCAAGCAAUAAAUAAUGAAAAAUGUUAUGUAUUAGAUACGAUGACAUCAGGCAAAUAUUUUAAUGGUCAAUGGCAAAAACAUUGGUCACGUGUAUUGGAGAUUUCACAAAAUGGUAAUAGCGUUGUUACUGAAUUAUUUCAAUUAGAUAGUGAAGCAGCAACAAUGGCUAUGACUAAACAAGUUAUGAUUAUCGCUGCUAAUGGUGACAUACUUUUUGUUGAUUUAGGUUUUCUUUCUAAAAAACAACAACAGCCACCACCACCAUCACCACCACAACAACAGCAACAUAUUAGCUAUGAUCAUAAUUAUCAAAAUUUACCAUAA